AGGGCAAAGGCGGCGCGGCUGGUGAGAGAAUCAAACAGCGACGCUGCGCCGCGGCGGGGUUCGGGGACCGGAGCCCAAGCCCAGGAGGUGUCCCGGGCACGACCCCCUACAGCCGGCCCGGGCCGCGCGCGUCUUUUCGCUGCACGCGGGUAACGGCCGGACGAUCCCAGGUGCCGCCCGGGGAGAAAAUAAAGAAUACAACUACAGGAGAAGUCAUCCUGAACCUACUUCUUACAAGAUAACAACAAAAACAUGAAUAAUAGAGACGGCUGGCAACCACACAUUGCCUGAGGUCAAUGUAAUCAGGAAGAAGUUCAUGGAAUAUAUCAGUGCAAGAUUAUAUUUCAAGUCAGCAAAUUUUGGAAAGUGGAAUCUAGCAAACUACGUGCAGUAGAACACCGUAUUUAACUCCCAAACUGUGAAGAGCUGAAAACUCAAGGAUAUGCAGGUUUGCAGCAUGGAGGAACUCUAAUUGAAAGAAAUACUGAGACAAGGCCUCUUUCAACAUGGAGACUGUUUUAUUUGAAGGGGAACCUGACAGAAUUUCGAAUCAUGGUGAGAUCAAAGACUCUCAUGGAUCAUCAACAUCCCAACAGCUGAGCAGAAGCAAGUGUGAGGAAAUGGAAAAAGCUGUGGUAACAAACAGUGAUGAAUCACACCUUCUGACUCCAGGAAAGAUGAGCCAGCGCCAGGGGAAAGAAGCACAUCUCACUCCAACCAAAGAUCUACUCCAGCCGACGCUCAGUCCAGGAACUGUCCACAGCCAUGGUUUUGAUAGAGGCAAAGAUGAUGUGUCACAAAGUAAAGAAGAUUCAGCACAUUCAAUGUCAAAAAGCAAGUCUGAAUCCAAGCUUUACAAUGGCUCUGAUAAGGACAUCUCCUCUACUUCAAGCAAGCUCACAAAAAAGGAGUCUCUUAAGGUUCAAAAGAAAAAUUACAGAGAAGAGAAGAAGAGAGCUACGAAAGAAUUGCUUAGCACAAUCACAGACCCAUCAGUUAUUGUUAUGGCCGACUGGCUGAAGAUUCGUGGUACAUUGAAAAGCUGGACCAAACUGUGGUGUGUGCUGAAACCAGGAGUAUUGCUCAUUUACAAAACCCCCAAAAAUGGCCAGUGGGUGGGAACCGUGCUCCUGAAUGCUUGUGAACUCAUUGAGCGGCCUUCCAAAAAAGAUGGCUUUUGUUUCAAACUUUUCCAUCCCUUGGAGCAGUCCAUCUGGGCUGUUAAGAUAUCAAAUUCCAUUACUAACAAGCAUCUAUCUUUAGGCAGGUGUUGGAUGGAUGCUUUGGAACUGGCUUUGAAAUGUUCCGGUCUGCUUAAACGUACGAUGAUUAGAGAAGGUAAAGAGCAUGACUUGAACUCUUCAGCAGAGAGCACACAUGUUUCUCUCUAUGGCUUAUUGCGUGCUAACAACUUACACGGUACAGAAAGCUUUCCAUUAAAUGAUAGUGAAAUUGAAAGGCAUCACUUUAAAGAUCAAGAUGUGUACUCAGACAAAUCUGAUAAGGAAAAUGAUCAUGAUCAUGAUGAGUCUGAUAAUGAUGGUCUGGGGAAAAGUGAAGAAAGUGACACUGACACAUCAGAGCGACAGGAUGACUCUUACGUUGAUCCAGAACCUGUUGAUCUUAUCAGGGAAACUACCUAUAUGGAACAGAUUCAUGAAGAACUUGGAGAGGCAGGGGAGGCUUGUCAAACAGAAACAGUGUCGGAGGAGAACAAAAGCCUGAUCUGGAUGCUGUUGAAACAAGUCCGUCCAGGAAUGGACCUCUCCAAGGUUGUACUGCCUACGUUUAUCUUGGAACCUCGUUCUUUCUUGGACAAACUCUCUGAUUACUACUAUCAUGCAGACUUCUUGUCUGAGGCUGCUCUUGAAGAGAAUGCUUACAAUCGUAUGAAGAAAGUAGUGAAAUGGUAUUUGUCAGGAUUCUACAAAAAGCCAAAGGGACUAAAGAAACCAUACAAUCCUAUACUUGGUGAGACUUUCCGCUGCAUGUGGAUUCAUCCCAGGACAAACAGCAAGACUUUCUAUAUUGCUGAACAGGUGUCUCAUCACCCCCCAGUAUCUGCCUUCUAUGUUAGCAACCGAAAGGAUGGGUUUUGCCUUAGUGGUAGUAUCCUGGCCAAAUCCAAGUUCUAUGGGAAUUCAUUAUCUGCCAUAUUGGAUGGAGACGGUCGACUAAUGUUCCUGAAUAGGGGAGAAGAUUAUGUAAUGACCAUGCCAUAUGCACACUGUAAAGGAAUUCUUUAUGGCACAAUGACUUUAGAGCUUGGGGGAACUGUCAACAUUGCAUGUGAGAAAACUGGAUACAGUGCAACAAUUGAAUUCAAACUAAAGCCAUUUUUGGGCAACAAUGACAGUGUUAAUCAAAUAUCAGGGAAAAUUAAACUGGGCAAAGAAGUUCUGGCUACUUUGGAGGGCCACUGGGACAGUGAAAUUAUUAUUAGCGACAAAAAGACAGAUGUUUCAGAGACCUUCUGGAAUCCAACAUCUGAGAUCAGGCAGCGCAGAUUAACAAGAUACACAGUGAAAUUUGAUGAGCAAGAUGACUUUGAGUCAGAGAAACUUUGGCAACAGGUGACUCGAGCUAUAACCAACAAAGAUCAGACAGAAGCUACUAAUGAGAAAUGUGUUCUGGAGGAUGCUCAGAGAAAGGCUGCCAAAGAAAGGAAACUGAAGGGUGAAGAGUGGACCUGCAAACUGUUUGAACAGGAUUCAAUCACAGGGGAAUGGCACUACAAAUAUGCAGAAACCAGACCAUGGGAUCCACUGAAUGAUAUGAUACAGUUUGAAAAAGAUGGUGCCAUCCAAACAAAAGUCAGGCAUCGGACACCAAUGGUUAGUGUUCCAAAAAUAAAACGAAAGCCAACCAGUCAGUCGAAGAAAGGAGAGUGUGGAUUCUCUUCCCCAGAACCUGAUAACCAGGACUCCUCUGGAAGUGAAGCACAACUACUAAAGCAUAAUACAAGAAUAAGAAAGAAGGGGGCAGACCUUGGUGAACUACAAAGUGCCAUUGAAUCUAUAAAAGAAACACAAGAAGACAUUAAGAGGGAUAUUAUGGCUCUACGGAACCGUGUUACUUCAAAUUCACCACCACUGGAAAACAAUUUCUUGCAGCUUAAGCACUAUGUCUUUAUUUUUCUCAUGGUUCUGGUGCAACUUAUCAUCAAUUUUGUGUUCAAAUAGAAGGUCUGAACAAAAGACUCUUUGAACUGGAAUGCUCAUAUACUUACUGGGACCAUAUUUUAAGUUGGUUUGGACUUUAAAUGAUGCAAUAUUAUCAAAAAGAGCCCUGUAGUUAAAACUUAAAGAACUUCCCCUCAAAUCUUUAUGCGUACAUGGAUCAAGAUAUGUCAAAUUCCUGCCUAGCCAGUUGAAGUGGGAAAUAUGUAAGUGCCAGUACUCUUGCUCUUUGUGUAUGCCUCACACAAACACAACAAUAGCCUUCUAUCUAUAAUAGCUCAUAGGCUGUACUAACAAAUUUCAGUACAGAAAAUGUCAAACUCAAAAUUCAGAAAUCUGUUCCCCUCUCAGUGGGGACACAUAAUGCCUAUUGAUAAAGAUAAAUUGAGAAAAGAACAAACUUAAAUUAACAAUUUUGUAACAAAAUAAUUUCUGAAGUAACCAGCUUUACUAUUUUAUUGAAAGUACUGUAUGGUGAAACAUGUUUCAGAUCAAACAACACAAAUACAUUAGUAAGCACCAUAAGUAAUAGGAAUUGGCUCAACACAGAGUUGAAGGCUUUACCUGAAAUCUUCGUGUUUUAAUGCUCUGAUUUGGGAGGAGGUUUUUCUAAAUAUAUGGCAAUAUUUUAAUUCUAGAUUACUGUGGUGAUAUUAAAAACCACUCGAUUUUCAUGGUUGGCCACUUCAAACCUUUUAUUAAAAACACUGUCUUACGUUGUACAAAGAAUGAAUUGUACAACUGUACAGUACCCAUAAUGACUACUAUGUUAAUGGUCCACCAACAUUUCCAUUAUGAAUCCAUGUGUCAGAGAUUUAUAACUAUGUAGUUAAUUUUUUCUCAGUUUACUAAACUUGAAUUAAAUUGUGUGGGCACUUCCAAUAAGUUGAAGAAGAUAGACUACUGCUGUCAAAUGGUUUAUUUGGUGUUUCUGUAACUCAGAAAAAAAUAUUAACAUGCAAAGCUGUGUUAAGUGUGAAGGGCUUGAUGUUAAGUUCCAAAAUGAAAGGCAGUUUAGAACUAAGAGUUCAGACCUGCUAUUAGAUUACCACUGCUAAUUUUAUAAAAUACACAGCAACAACCCUUAGCUGUUUAAGAGCAAGAUGAAGCUCUAAAUCUUCAUUAAAUUCCUCCUUAUUGCAGUAUAUACACACCAUGGAACUUAUCCUGAUAUUCCACAAUUGGACAAACUAAUAAUAUAGAAGUUGGACUUGGAUUUUAAAUGUGACUUUUUAUUCUAACAUGGUUUUGGUCUGAAUUGAUGUUUCCAAACAACCAAUUUUUUUAAGCAAAAUUAAGUUUAGGUACCAGCAUUUACAGGGUGAGAUCUCCCUCCCUCCUCCCCCCAUUUUGACCCAUCUACACAAGUUAAAAGGGGCUCUAGAAUCCCCAGUUCUAGAUGGGGAGACCUUCCCUGGUGUAUACGCUGUGGAAGACUGCCAUAAGGCUGUUUUCCAAGAAGCCCCUCUCAAGUCUUGGCAUGUAGGAGGUAGGGCCACAGCACUGCAGAGAUUCUGGGCAGUGCAGUGGCUGAGGCGGCAGCCUUUCAGGAAUGCCCUAAUUUAAACAGGCCCCAGGGUUCUCUAGGUAACACCGUGGGCCUCUCCAGCCCCUAGAAUAACCUGUGACUGGCAGGAUACAAUGGUGUUUUAAAGCCACCUUCCCUUGGGCUGAGAGUCCUGUGCUCUACCAGUCUCAUCCAACGUUAAUGCAAGUAAAAUUUAGUUAGAUUUGUGCUUUGUCUAACCAGCUUUUAUCUUCCUGUGUCCCUAACAUACAAUUUUCCCCAGUCCUUUAUUGCCCCCACACAGGAGACAAAUUUUACUCUUUAAGCAUCCUGCUUAAAUUUGGUAAUUCCCCACCCCCUUUGUCAUAAUGUAGUUUUGUCUUGAACCAUUCUCUACAGCAGUGCUUCUCAAAGUCGGGCCACCACUUGUUCAGGGAAAGCCCCUGGUGGUCCAGGCCGGUUUGUUU